AAUAUAUCUAAAAUAAAAACAUAGUUAAAAUUAGAGGUUAACACAUCUUGGUCUUACCUAUAUAAUAAAUAUAGUAACAUAUUUGUAGAGAUAAUUCUAUAAAAUUUUAUCAUUUAAAUUAACUGUAUUGUUUUUGUUUGUAUUUAACAGUUGUAUGUGAAGAACCAUUGACCACACAGAUGUCACCUUAUUUUUCUGUAGAUGCCUUUAUCAAUGUCAAAAUACAAACAUAACCUUUUUGUCAAGUUUCGCAAUUUUUAAAGUGAUUUUUAUAACUCAAUGUAGUUCCAACUAGUAAAACGUUCCUAUACAUAGUGCACAGUUGUCGGAACACCUCAAACACACAGUACACUUUAAAAUGUGAUAAGCGCCAAAAAUCAAUAAAUUAAGUGACCAUUUAAGAUAGGGGAUCAAGUGUGGCGAGAAAAAAUGGAAGAGAAAAGUCGUCCUACUAAACUCAAGCACAAGAAUACGUUUACCAGCCUGCUGUUGCCUAACAAGACGCCGAAUAAGGUUGGCGUUGCGGUGGGCAGAAGUCAAAGCGCCAAAGAUCACAGUUCCUGCAGGAAGUUCACACCAUCUGAAAACAACAUUGACAUCACCAUCUCCAAGAGACCUCUCAGCUUUGAUGUCUCCAAUAAGAAUCACCAUCUCAGUCUCAAAAAGGACAAACAUGCACAUUUCGACGACAGCCUCAACAGAAGGAACAGCAUAUCGGACAGCAAUGUGUACAGCGACACAACCGAAACGACCGACUUAUCCGAAAAUAAAAUGACUGAAAGGAGCGCAUCACACGAGAGCGUUCUCAGAGAAGUUCCUUUAGCACUGCAUCUCAUUCCAACGGUGAAAGCCCGCGAGAGAAACUUUCUACAGGGUAAAAUAGGGGCGAACUCGUUACUCGGUCCCACCGAACUGGACAGGAUUUGUCCGAAUCGGGAGGUCACCAUCUUCAUCGGCACCUGGAACAUGAACGGACACUCACCGCCCAAAGAACUUAACGACUUUGUGCUGCCAGUGGGCAUGGAACACGUACCGGACAUAUUGACGUUCGGCACACAAGAAUCCACCUCGGAGAAGUUCGAAUGGGAGGUUUCCCUGCAGGAGACUAUAGGCCCAUCCCAUUUGCUAUUCCAUUCUACGUCGUUAGGCACUCUUCAUCUGUCGAUUUUCAUCCGUCGCGAUCUGAUCUGGUAUGUGUCGAUACCGGAAGACGCCAGUCUCUCGGUACGACCGGGCAGUGCGUUCAGGACGAAGGGCGCCGUCGCUAGUAGUUUCAUGUUGUUCGGCACCUCAUUCCUGUUCGUCACUGCACAUUUGACGGCUCACCAGGAGAAGGUGAAGGAGCGCGUCAGCGACGUGAAGAAAAUCGUCAACUCGCUCGAUCUUCCAAAAGUCCUUCCGUGCAAAAACAAGGCCAAAGAUGUGACGCAGAACUUCGACUACGUGUUUUGGUCCGGUGAUCUGAAUUUCCGUCUAGCGACACCCCGAAGCAAGGUACUGGAGUGGCUCUCGAAAACCAGUUUCCCUUUACCACCACAUCUUCCACACGGGUACAUGCACCACGACCAACUGUGCACUGUCCUGUCGGACGGUGCCGCCUUCAAAGGCUUUUGCGAAGCCAAAAUUACAUUCCCUCCCACCUACAAAUAUGAUCCAGGGACGCAAAAUUUCGACACGUCCUCGAAACAGCGUACACCAGCAUACACCGAUCGGAUCUUGUACAAACAAAGGAGUAUUCGCAGACUCAGCGGCCAUCAGUUGGAGAAUCCUCCCUUGCAAUGUCUUAUAUAUGAUUCCGUUCCUUCGAUAACGAGCAGCGAUCACAAGCCCGUUUGGGGUGUCUUCAAAGUCCACAUCCGACCGGGACUAGACACAAUACCUUUAGCAGCGGGGAUGUUCAACAGAGAAGUCUACCUGGAAGGUUUGAAGCGAAGAGCUACCACUUUAAACAGCCAUAAGGGUGGAACUGCUGUGUGUUCUCUACAAUAAUCUACUAAUAUUCCGACCUAUUCGAUGUUGAAUGUCGUAAAUUGGAUAAAAGUAGUAAAUGUGGAAUGUAAUAAAGUAGACGAACCAAAACCAGUUAGGCAACCAAAGGAAUUGACUAUAUAAGCCUUAGAUUAUAGGGGACCAUCCUAAAUGAAUGUUAUAGCCUUUACAGCUGGUGCUAUCACCACAACUUGUCUAUUUUCAUGAAAAGUCUAUCAGAAAUUUAAAUCAUUGUUGUUCACAUAGAAUGUUUAUUUAUUCUAUGUUGUUGAAUAAAUGUAAAUUAAAAAAUAAAUAUAUGCCAAUAAACAAAAAA